CAUCUUCCCCUCCUUUUUAAUACUCUUCCCUUUCUCUUCUCUUCCAUCUCCAAUGGCUGACGAAUUUCAAGAAUCCGAUCUUUUUUUCUCCGAUCCUCGCGAUCACUGCCGUCACCUCCGCCGUGACGACGACGACUUCUUCAACUUCAACUUCAACUCCAACUCCAACUCCCGCCGCGGAGUCCUUGCCCCACCGCGAACGAAAUAUCACCACCGAACCAUGCGCGACGCCUGCGUCCGUCUCUCCAAGAAGGAAAUCUCCAGGUCGCUUCCGGUUAGAAUUCCGGAAAGAAACCUCCACAGGACGUUGGAGGAAGACGAUGACAUGGACGAAGACGAAAUAAUUCCACCGCACUUAGUGGCGGAGCGACGAGUUGCCAGAAAAAUGGCGUUCUCCGUUUGUACCGGCAAUGGACGGACGCUGAAGGGACGAGAUUUGAGCCGAGUAAGGAAUUCGGUUCUUCGCCUGACUGGAUUCUUAGAAACCUAAUCAAUCGCAACGAAAAACGAACGACGGCCGGCGAUCGGAUGAUCAUUUCCGAUCUCUUUUUUUUUUUCCCUCAAAUUAAAGAGGAAGGCGAAAAAGCUUCUUCCUCAAUGAAAAUUUAAUUAUAAUUUGGGGAUUUGAAUUUUACCAAAUAAUUAUC